CGUAGCAAUCGCUGCAUCGUUCUGCGUCGUACGUCUUCAUUAUCUCAUUCUACGUAGCCAUUGCAUUUGUUGAACAUCGAAAAGCUACACGGCACAAACAUAGCCACAUACAACGAGGAAUUCAGAAGGAUGGUGCAAUGCAUUUUCGACUGGGACAGUGUGAAAUGAAGGAAAUUCCACUGUCAGCUACUUUGUAGUCCCUGAGGCGAGUUGGACGUGCAUGGCUCAGCAGUAAAGUCUCGUUUGGUCUGAGAGUGUCCGAAUAUUUGACGAUUGUGCAAAACAACAUAAUGGGACAAUAAAAAUAAGUACUGCGAGUGUACGACCAUCACCACCGUCGUCAAAUUAACUUUUCUGCUAUCAAAAAUACAACAAAUAGCCGAGCAGCAUUCGAUACUUCUACUAUACCACCAAUCUUUGGUAGUACGCUGGAAUACCAUCAGUCACUUUCGACGAGACGCCCUGACCAGCAUACGAAAGCCCCCGCACUAGGCUUCAUCUUAUCGCAUCCGCAUACUCAUCACCGCUUUGGAUUGCUACAGCAGCAGUCGCGGCCGAGAGAGGUGAAAGUAACAAGGUUCAGUCUCCGCACCACAACGACUGAUUAACAACAGAAUGCCCAUCUUAUACACGGUGGUAACCCGCGGCCAGAUUGUGCUGGCCCGGUACGCCGAGUGCGUCGGGAACUUCGCCGAGGUGACGGAGCUGAUCGUACCGAAGAUUCAGCUCGAGGAUCAUAAGCUCACGUACCUUCACGGUAACUACUUGAUACACUACAUCUGCGAAAACCGUGUUAUCUAUUUGUGCAUCACGGACGACCGAUUCGACCGAGCGAAGGCUUUUAUGUUCCUGCAGGAUGUGCAACAGCGCUUCAUUGCCACUUACGGGUUGGCGGUGGCCACCGCCAUCGCGUACGCGAUGAACUCGGAGUUUUCGCGCGUCCUGUCGGCGCGUAUGCGCAGCUACAACGAGGGCGGCCAGCAGCUGGACGCGAUCAGUCGCGUGAACGGCGAAAUCGAUGAGCUGCGGGACAUUAUGGUCAAGAACAUCGAGAACAUAACCAACCGGGGCGAGCGGCUCGAGCUGCUGGUCAACCAGACGGAGACGCUGCGCAACAGUUCUGUAACAUUCCGACAAACAUCCCGCAACCUAGCCCGCACGAUGUUUUGGCGCAACGUUCGUAUCUACUUCCUUGUGGCUGCCUUGGUUCUGUUCGCUAUCUACGUGAUUGUCAGCAUGGCUUGCAAGGGACUGCUCUGGGAGGGCUGCAUCCACUCGUCCGCGCCGCAACCAACAAAGCCGCCGAGCGGCGGCCUUUAAGCAUGGUGCGAUGAGCAAACACUGCGGAAACUGGAGCGAGCGCAGAAAGUGAUAGUCGUUUUUUUCGAAGGCAACACGCAACGGAGAGCUAUAUGUUAGAGCUGCGGUGUGUUUAAAACGGCACUGGGUCAGGUAGAUAUAGGAACGAAACGCAAGAACAAUAAUUGCAUACGAAACGAACGGAAUGAAUGCUACUUUGGCGUAGCAAGAUUGUGAUUUGCUAUGGAGCUUUGCUGGGAGCCGCUUACUGUUCGCCAAUCCUUUUGUUUCCGAUCCACCUUUCCGAGCAUCAUCUAUGCUUAUGUUAACGUUCCCAAUGUUUGCUAAUGGUUUUGUAAAUUCGAGCGAUUAAGUUGAAACGCCUUCUGGCAACAGUUUUAUGCGACGAUUCGGUAUCAUUUUACACGUUUCGCGUGUUUUCGAUGUUAUUACAAUAACGUUUUUCGUACAUUUCACGCACUAGCCUUGCGUUAUAUAUUUUUUAUGUGAUAUUUUCGAACAUCAACUUGUGUGCCGGUUUUUUUUUUAUUAUAUAUUAGCUGUUCAUUUACGUUUGCACCGGGUUUAGUUACACGCAGCGAACAUGAUAAUGGUUCUCUCAUAUUUUCUAACCCACCCCCUCCACCUUCCCUUCUUUCCCGAAAAUCCGAUGGUGCGGAUAGCGUUCGUCUGUUCAGAACGAAACACUCUACUUGGAGUAGAUAUAAGACUCUUAAUGAACUUUGAAAGAUCGAGAUAUAGUAUGUAUACACCUACCAGGAUUCAAAAUAUACCCGGCAUUAUAUAAUGAAUUA